AUGGCCUUAGUACCAUCAACCACCGUCACAAUCCCAUCUUUCACCGGUCUCAAACUCGCCGUCAUCUCAAAACCCACGACGGUAUCCACCGUCAUCAGAUCCUCCUCCUCCGCUAAGAAGCUCGCCGUGAAGUCCUCUCUUAAAGAUUUCGGCGUCAUGGCCGUAGCAACAGCAGCUUCGAUAGCUUUGGUCGGAAAUGCGAUGGCUAUAGAAAUUCUUCUAGGAUCAGACGACGGUGGUCUUGUGUUCGUACCAAGUGAAUUUACGGUGGCUAAAGGAGAGAAGAUCGUGUUCAAGAACAACGCAGGGUUCCCACACAACGUUGUGUUCGAGGGAGACGAGAUCCCUAGUGGUGUGGACGUGAGCAAGAUCUCGAUGGACGAGCAAGAGCUUCUCAAUGGUCCAGGAGAAAAGUACGAGGUUACUUUGACAGUUCCUGGUUCUUACAGUUUCUAUUGUGCGCCGCAUCAAGGUGCUGGUAUGGUCGGGAAACUCACCGUCAACUAA